CGGAAUGACGCACUACAUAUCACGCUACUUUCCCUUCGUAGACAUGUCUGCCGCCACCAAACUACCAGUCGUGGACUUCGACGCAUUUAGCAUCGCAAGCAGCACAAGGCCUGAUGCGAACAGCGAUGAGGCCCAGCAACUAGCAAAUAACGUGUUACAGGGCUUUGAUACAGCAGGCUUUAUAUACCUGAAGAACCACGGCAUACCACGGAACAAGUUUGAUUCAGUUGUCCACGCAUGGAAUACGUUUGUUGCUCUACCGACUGAUGUUAAGUCCGCUCAUCAAUUGCAGCCUGGCGGUUUCAAUGGCUGGGGCAGCAUAGAGGGCGAAAGACACUCCGUACAUAGACGUGUGGGCGAUUUAAAAGAGGUGUUCCAUGUUAGUGCUAUACACGAUCCUGCGUUUGAAUGGAUAUGGCCAGCAAAGAGCGUACCUGAGUUUAAACCAGCGGUUCGCUCGCUCUAUCAAGACUUUCAUCUCCUGUUGAAGAGGGUGUUGUCGGCAGUUGCCAUCGGCCUUGGCUUGCCCCCUGACAUCUUUGACAUACCUCAUCUCAAUAUUGGAACAUCCAAGAAUAUGUCCGAAAUCAAGUGUAAUUUUUAUCCAAAACCAGUCGAGGCCAAGCCAGGCCAAAUAGGAUGUGGGGAGCACUUUGACGCUGGGAGUCUCACUAUUCUCUACCAGGACUCAGAUGGACUCCAGGUAGAAAAAGAAGAUGGAACAUUUAUCCCUGUUCCAUUCAUUGAUGGUACUCUGGUCGUCAAUAUAGGGCACCUGAUGCAAAGAUGGACUUCGGACCGCCUCAAAGCGAAUGUGCACCGUGCGGUCGUGCCGGAUAACGCACGAGUGUCCAGGAACUCCGUGGUGUUCUUUGGGGUGCCUGACGUGGAUCACCUGAUCACGUGUCUCGACGGGUCCAACAAGUACCCGCCCAUAACAGCCGGGGAAUAUUACGCCUACCGGCUCCAUGAGCUAUUCAAGUAAAGAGAGAGUCGCAUAGUCAUAUCCCGUUAAAAUUUUGCCAUUUUCAAAUAUAUGAUAUGCUCAUUAUUAUUGAAACUUAAAUAGAAAAAAACAUCAUCUUCUUCCCAACUGAAAUAUUUUUACACAUCUAUUCAUACGAUACAAUCUGAAAGGUUAGUAAGGGGUGACUUUGACAUGAAUUGAAAUUGGUAAAUUCAAGGAUGAAAGUUAAUAAAAACCAAUACUGUAAAAUAUAAAAAA